AUGGGAACAUGGCGUCCUGUUAGUGUUUUACCUGGGAGAUUUGUAUUUGCGCAUGUCUGUUGCAUUCAGGUUAUAAAACUGGGAUGGUUGGGACCUAACGGUUGCAAAAGAGAAAGCUAUAUGCAGUUAUUGAUUUCGGUCUGGAAAUUUCUAGAAAGCUUUGGGCACACAACCAGAGCUCAGAAACCGAGUGAACAGAACGGUAAAGACUAUGUGUUUGUGGCGCGGGAGAAAAUGGAACAGAAUAUUGCUGAAGGGAAGUUUAUAGAGCACGGCGAGUACAAGGGGAAUUUAUACGGAACAUCUGCGGAGAGUGUGGAGACGAUUGUGAAUUCAGGGCGUGUUUGUGUUUUGAGCCCCCACUGGCAGGCCUUGAAGAUGUUGCGUACGCCGCGGUUGCGACCUUAUAUUGUAUUUAUCAAGCCACCCCUGCUCGAAAGGCUAAUCGAAACAAGAACCGCGGCGAGUGCUCGCUCGACGUUUGACAAAGAAAGCUCUAGGGCGUUUACGGAGGAGGAGUUUGCGGAUAUUAUACGGUCGUCGAAUCGGAUUAACUUUUUGUACGGAUAUAUGUUUGAUGAGGAGAUUGUCAACGCUGAUCUGGCAACGGCCCUGACUCAGCUGCUGCGCGCGGCGUGGCGGGUGCAGUCCGAGCCGCUGUGGGUUCCAGCUUCGUGGGUGCAGUGA